AUGCUGGCGACGGAGUGCACGCUGUGCCAGCUCGGGCGCUCCGCGGGCGAGGUGGGCGCCGUGUCGUGCGAGAUCUGUGAGGCGGGGUCCUACAGUGCGCACCUUGGACAGUCGUCUUGCCUGGCGUGCCCCAGCGGAACGUUCUCGGGGCAGGAGGCGUCGGUGGCCUGCUUCGACUGCGAUGCGGGGCGCUGGUCUCACGCCGCGGCCACGGCGUGCGAGGACUGCGACGUGGGGAAGUUUGCGGACCGAGAGCUUGGGCCAGUCGGAGUGCGCCUCGUGUUACGAGGUGUUCGGCAAAGGCACACCGAACCAGGGGCUGUGGGUAACUCUGGACUGGGUCGAGGUGCGGGGCCAGUACGAGUGGGUGCACGUGGACGGCGCCACGGGCCGCGGCCAGUGCGGCUGUGA